GCGCCCCCACUCACCUGUGCAGUGUUCGCGACGCACCCCGAGCGAACCGGAGGUGGGGAGCGUCCUCUCCCAGUGCGAGUGACAAACCAUCAUGCGCAAGUGUGCCCUCAUAAGGCUGUAGUUUAGAAAACGUGCUAAAUUAUUUUCUGGAUAUCGGUGCGCUCUUCAGUGGUGAGGAUUUUUGAAAGAUUAUCAGUGACUGUUUGAGUGCGUUCACAUCAUGAAGAUGGCCAGGCGAGGAGGCGCGGACCCAACACCCAUAUGCCGUUGCCGAGUGUUGUACCUGGGGUCCUCGGUGCCCCAGGUCACGAAGGAUGGCCUGCAGGGCAUCCAGGAACCCCUGAGAGAGCUGUAUCCUGCUGAAGGGGCGGUCAGUGCCCGAGGGAUCGACUCAUGGCUUUCUGUGUGGUCGAACGGACUUCUGUUGGAGAAUGUCGACGAGAACCAGAAAAAGGUCACUCGGUUCUUCCCCAUCGACUCUCUCCAUUACUGCGCCGCCGUCAGGUACGUGGUCGUGUCGGGCGGCGGGGAUGCGACCGUCCCGAGGUUCCUGCCGCUGGACUCGCCCUUCGCCCGGAACCCCAACAUCAACCACCCGCCGCUCUUCGCCUGCAUCAUGCGCAGGACCACAGGCAUCAAGGUGCUGGAAUGCCACGCUUUCAUCUGUAAGCGUGAGACGCCUGCCAAUGCGCUCGUGCGCUGCUGCUUCCACGCCUAUGCGGACUCCAUGUACGCCCGCACCCUGGAGGGCGGAAACAGCCAGUACGGCUCCGUGUACGGCGGCCGGGCCACGGAGGAACGGGCCAUCGAAAUCGAGGACUUCAGCAGUGCCGCUUCUGAAAUCAUUCCUGUGUCGGUGAACUCGUCCCCGACCCAGGAAGCGCCGGCCUCCCCGACCUCACAGGGCUCGCCCGGGGACGAAAUAUCCAUAUACAACGGCGACGAGAAUCACAAGGUGUGGGCGGGGCCGCCGAAGACGGAGACUGACCUCAUCUACUCGGAAUACAAUUCGGGCACGAUGCGAUCGGCGAGGUCCACGUCGUCGCUCUACGGCACGGCCGGCGGCACGAGACCUUCGCGGCCGCGGCAGAUGAUCAUGCCCUCCGUGGCCCCGCCGCCGCCACCGGAGGUGGACAAGGACAAAAAGUCAAAGAAGGACUCGAAAAAUAAGUCUCGGCGCGACGACGACGAGAUGAGUCGCCUGACCAACGGCGUCCCGACGCGCCCCGCCAGCGUCGUCAACGGCGGCCCGCGGCACCACAACGGCAGCCUCCCCAGGCACAUGAACGGCCACUCUUCGCCGCCCAAGGGCAAGGGCAAGUUCCCUCGCCUCCUACACGGGAGCAGCAGCCUCUCCGACAGGAGGAGCAAGGGCAUGAGGGGCCCCCCUCCCUUCAUCAUGGUCCAGGGGCCACCCGGACCUCCUGGACCCCACGGGCCGCCCAUGCCUCAUGGCCCGCCGGGGCCACAUGGGCCACACGGGCCGCCUGGAAUUCAUGGGCCUCCUGGUCCCCACGGUCCACCAGGGCCGCACGGACCCCCGGGGCCUCCCCACAUGGUGCCCCCCAUGGGUCCCCCGAUGGGUCCCAUGCCGCCUCCUCCUCACAUGAUGCCCCUCCAGGGCCCUCCGCCUCCUCAUAUGCUGCCCCCGCCGGGCCCUCAUCACGCCAUGCUGCCUCCGCCCGGGCCUAUGGCAGCCUAUGGACCCCCUGGGCCCCACGGGCCUCCGGGCAGACGACCGCCGUCCCGCGUCCUCGAGGAACCUAUUUACAUGCCCUCCACGCGGCCUCUGAGCCCCACGGCCUCCUACCAGCCCGGCCACUUCCCCCACGAGCAGUACCUCCUGCAGCAGUACGCCACCACCGGCCGCCCCAAGCAUAAGAAGAAGAAAAAGAGCAAAAAGGAAUCCGACGAGGACAUCUACGGCAGGAAAGGGCACCUGAACGAGCGAGCUUUCUCCUACAGCAUCCGGGAGGAGCACAGGUCUCGCUCGUACGGCUCCUUGGCGGGUAUCGGCGAGGACUCCAUGAGUAAGAAGGAUCGCGAGAUCCUCCAGAUGGUCGCGGACCUCGAUCUGAGCGGCGAUGAACUGGAGCGCGUGGAGCCUCGGCCCGGAGUGUACCGCCCCCCGCACUCCGACCGAUUAUCCGCCGCGGGUACCAUCACCUCCAGAAUCUCCAGAGCCUCCCGACGGUGAACUUCCAGAGCGACGACAGGCAGAGAGGAAGCAACACUUAUCCAUCACCAGCGCCGAUCUUCUCGAGGAAAACAUUAAAAAGAAAAUAUAUAAUACUCGACCUGUUAUAUGUAUUAUAGACUUCGUGUCAUUUCGUGUCUCCGUCUCUGUAGUUACGAAAGCAUUUAAAAAUAUAUAUAUGACUUGUGAAAUCCGUGGCCAGUCUCGCGCGUCACGGAUGGUGGGCGUGAAAAGGAGGCGGAAGAUGGACGGAAGGAAGGCAUAGCGAUCACCCAUCCCGCUUCGUGGCUCGGUCGACUCUGUUGCAUUUAACGUCGGGGACUGGGUAUGAGGAGCGGUCGGCAGCGGCGGCGGGAAGGACAGGUGGGGAGGUAGGGCUGAAGGCAGAGGAAUGAUUGAAAGAGAGAGAGAGAGAGAGAAAGAGAGAGAGAAAAGAGAGAGAGAGAGAGAGAGAGAGAGAGAGAGAGAGAGAGAGAGAGAGAGAGAGAGAGAGAGAGAGAGAGAGAGAGAGAGAGCGAGAGCGAGAGCGAGAGCAAGAGAGAGAGAGAGAGAGAGAGAGAGAGAGAGAGAGAGAGAGAGAGAGAGAGAGAGAGAGAGAGAGAGAGAGAGAGAGAGAGAGAGAGCAGUUUCCACAACGGCCAAUCGACGCGCCACCGCAAGCUGUGGUCACGCGGUGGGACAGCGGGGCAACAGCGGACGACGCGGGUAACGAGGUUAGUUCGUCGAUAUAGGUGAGGGCAGAACGCUGUCGCAGGCUGGUACUACGCCCGUGGCCUACUGCUCUACUGCAGGCGAGCUCGCGACAUCGAAGUCCCUGUCCACCGCCAUAGCACCACGCCCAUCUAGCCACGCCCACUGCCAGCCGCAGGCUGUCACCGCCAGCUUGUUACCAGCGUCGAUUCGCAUGUGUUACCUCUAUUGCCGUUCGGUAGUAACAUGCGUGCACGAUUAGACGCGUUUCCAUUCCGAAACGGAAAUAGUUAAUUACUUUGUUAUUCAAACUAAAAGGUCUGUAGCCCUCUCCAUGGUAGCGGUUUAAGACGUCUUUGCUGUCUCAAGUAUUUCAAAAUGUGUGCGAGAAUACUGAGGGUUAGGCCACACCCCUUGCGCCAUUUCUCGCAGUGUUAGUGAAGGGAAGUUCGCUAACGUGAUAUUCAUUUGUUAUUUCGCACUGCAGCACAAUUAGUGUUGCUAUUACAGGCCAAGAUGAUAAACAGCAUGAAAUUCCAGUCACGAAUUUCAUGAAUAGAAAUAGCAGCAGUUGUAAUUUUUGCAAUCUUCAACGCCCAAAUCAGGACUUGGCGUUGGUAACAAGAAUGACGUUCAUGGAACAUUUAAAGUGUGUCAAUUACCCACUAUUGAACUGUUCUUAACUAUGUCUUGUCAGCUACCAAUCCUCGCCACAAACGGCACACCCAUUUACAGCUAUGGUAACGUGUGUGGAUAUUGCCUCAGUAAUGACCCUGUGGCUUCCGUCGAAUCAAGAGGGGGGGAGGAAGGAAGGAAGGGAGGAAAGAAGGAAAGGGGGUGGGUUGGGAUGGGAUGGGGGAGGGGGUAGCGGUAUUCUCCCGCGGGCUGGAAUAAACUUACCAAAGAAUGUGCGAUUUUCUCUCAAGUGAUGCGUGACACGAGCUUGUUCCGAAGCCCAGCACCCCGACUUAGCUCGACUUCUGACUUCGCCCGACCUACCCCGACCGCCUACUCCGCCCUACGCCCGCACGCUCCACGCCCGCGUUGCACAGGUUAAAGAAGAAAAUUAUCAGCUGCUGACAGCUCCACCGCCGCCGCACUUAUGCCUAUGGUGGAUAUAGGCCUAUACGUGUGGCUGACGUAGAUGCGGUGCGAAGCCAUUAGAGAGGAAAGGAGGUUUUGUGCCAUGAAAGUCAGUUUGUAUUUAAUAAAUUAUAGUUUUUUACGUGUUCCUUCCCCCGUCGCUGGUAUGUUGUUUACAACCUUCAGCUUAUCGUCUUAUUGCUCAUGUAACUAGUAUUUUUCUAUUUGUAUAUAUUUUUAUGCGCACACACACACACACACACACAGACACACACACACACACACACACACACACACACACACACACACACACACACACA